CUUUAACGUGCAAUUUCUGUUCACGCCACGCUAUCUGCAUAUAUAAGCGAACAUAAUAGAGUCCAAUAGGUUACUCUUUCAUACAUUCCAGAUUUUGCUUCAAGAUAUUUAUUCAUAUUCCUGUUUGGAUUCAAAGUUCUAAUUAAAUUUCCCGCACUUUCAAUCACUGACUAGAAACAAUGAAGGAAGUCACGUGAUUUAUAGAUUUAGUAAGAACGCUUGCUGCGUGGAUAUGUUCAAAGUGAUAUUAGUGAAGCACAAAAAAUAAGAAUAAAAAUAGUUAAUAAUUUUAUGCUAAGUAACAAAAAUAUUAAAUAUUAAUCUAAACACGGGUAAACAUUUUUGAUAACGCUUGAAUCUAAGGUAUCAAAUAACCUGUGAAAGUAGUUUAAAUGUAAUACAUAAGGAAAGGAAUAAACUAAAUUGAUAACAAUGACGGACACUGUAUAUAAAUAUAUGAAAACACAAAACAGACCUUAUAGUAUUAAUGAUUUAGUUUCAAAUCUUCAUAAUGAAUAUGGUAAAACAGCUGUACAAAAAGCUAUAGAUAAAUUGGUUGCUGAAGGAAAGAUAUUUGAAAAAGUUUAUGGAAAACAAAAGAUUUAUUGUGCAGUGCAGGAUACAUCUCACGAUAUGGAUGAAUUAAUGAGGAUAAACAGAGAAUUACAAAAUCAUGCUAAUGAAGUUGAAAGCAAGUAUCGAGAGCUUCAAGAAGAAAUUAAAGUACAGGAGGCUUUAUUGUUAUCUAUAAAGUCUUCCAUUACAAUCGAAGAAGCAAAGAAACAGAAAGUUAAACUUAAAGAAAGAAUUCAAGUAUUGACAGAUAAAUUGGAUAGUCUAAUGGAAGCAAGUGGUACUGAAGAUUUAACUGAAACCAAAAGAAAAGCAGAGGAAGCACUAAAUGAAUAUUCACGUGAAUAUUCAAAACGGAAACGUCUAUGUACUGAUAUUUUAGAUUGUAUAUUGGAUAACUAUCCUAGUAGCAAAACAGAAUUAUAUGAGGAAAUAGGAAUAGAUCUAAAAAUUGUUUAAUGACACGUGUAUUAUAAAUUUUUUAAUGUAAUAAAAUAUAAAUUGCACUUAACAUUAUUAAUUUUAUUUUAUUUAUAUGUGAGGUAUAUGUUUGUAUAUGUAUUUGUAUAUAUAUUUGUAUAUGUAAUAAUAUGUACAUGUAAUAAUUUAGAUUAAUUUAUAUUUUAAGCUAUUUUCUAGUAACUGAUAAUUAUUGUCAUAAGUCACUUUUUGUGUAAUUUAUAGAUUUAUUUAUUAUAAUAGUUUAUAAAUGAUAAAAUUAUUUAUUUAUAUUUGCAGAUGGUAAUAUACAUCUCUAUGACUUACCGUAACAUAUGGAUUUUAAUGCUUUCAUAUUGUACUCUAUGUGUGUUCUAUUCAUACACAUUGUCACUUGACAAAAAUUAUUAUUCUACGUCAUUUAUAUUACUUUAAUAAACAUAUUAUUAUGUAAUA